CAGACUUUCCCGCAGCGAGCGAGCGAGCGAGCGCCGAGGCGCAUUCUCUCUGCCAGGAGAAGCCCCGGAGCAGCUCGCCGGACUCCAGGGAGCGCUGUGUCGCCGCCCGCCAAGGGAGGGGAGCCGCAGGAGGAGAAGGCGGCAGUCCACCAGGCGCAUCUGGACACGGGAGCCGAGGGCGCAGCCUGCCUCGGUGCGGCUGAUGGGCGCACUCCGGCCGGCAGCCGCCAGACUCAGCCACAGCUCCGAGCUCCAGGAGUGUGCAAAUGCACAUGAAAUAGACCAGUACUUACCUCGGGAGGUGUUUUCGAAAGUAAAUUGGGUGGACUGCAUUUCUUUUUAUGAAGCAUCAGUAAUGGCUUGACAUCGGCAAAUUAAACAGAAUUCUCAUCAUGGAGAAUACAGAUGCAGAUAACUGGGCAUCAAAAGCAGAGGAUAAAGAUCCACCCCAAAGUCCCUAUUCUGUUGAAACCCCCUACGGUUUCCAUUUAGAUCUUGACUUCCUGAAGUAUGUCGAUGACAUUGAAAAGGGAAAUACUAUCAAGAGAAUUCCAGUCCGCCGGAAAACUAAGCACCCCAAAUUUAGCACCCUGCCUCGGAACUUUAGCCUCCCAGAAAAUGGAUCCAAUGUCUGUUCCUUAAAUAAGAGUUUCCUUACACAGAGAAAGACCUCCUUAGAUGCAGAGGAGAGCAGAUCCCUGGUCACCCCCAUUGACACGUCUUCACAUUCAACUCUUCCCCAAGGACCGAGCUACAGAAAGAAAGCCCUGCUAAUAGAGGCUGUCAAACAAGAUCCUCUUCCCCUUGAAGAGGAGACUGCCAAUUGUAAAGGAAGGCCUCAGCUUCUAAGGGCAUCCAGCAUGCCUUCCAAACUUCUACCAAUUCCAAAUUUAGAAGAAGAAACUCAUCAGGCAGCUUUUCUGCCUUCAGGAUUUCUUCGGUCUUCCAAUGGAAAUGGUUUAGAGCUUGAUUUUAGCCCUGCAAAAAAGCCAUCUGAGUUAAUUAGUUCCAAAAGAUCUCCGUUACCACCUCAUGAAAAUCCAACGGAUAUGAAAGAGCAAACCAAUAAAGCCAUCCAGGAUUCUGAGAAAAGUCCAGGAUUAAGGAGAGAAGCUCAGCCAAAAACAGAGCUUCCUAAGGAAAUAACACAACCCAGUGAUCCACAGCAAAGCCAACCCCUAAUUUCUCAGAAAUUCCAUGAGGCGGUCGAGAGUGGAGAAGAAUGUCAUGAGUCACAGGUAUGUCCAUCAUCAGUUCAGAGUGGUUUGGUCCCUACCAGUACCUCAGAAAAUAAGUCUGUAAAGCAAUCCCAGGAAGAAAUAGAACUUAACAUAUGUGAGACUGUUACAGAAGAAGCAGAGGAAGAGGAUGAAAUGACAGGUCUUAGCACUAGAGAAGGGAGGAAAAAUAUAGAACUCGAGCCCUUCCUUCUGAAAGGUCCCAGCAAUAUAAGAGCGUUACAGCAGCAUAUUGCAAUUCUGGAGAAGCAGCUGAAUCACAAAACAGAAGAACUUGAGCAGAUCCGGGUGGUUUUGAAGCAACAGGAUCAAGAAAUCAAAGCCAAAGAGAGAAGUAUUGAAUUGCUAGCAAGUUCUAAAGCCCAGCUGGAAGAGAAACUCUGUGGGGAGAACAUCAAAGAAAUUAAGCCAGGCGUGCAAGCCAGAAAUGCCCCCCAAUACUUGGAUGUUGCUGUGAAUACCGAACAUGUACAUGAAAAGGUGAUGCAUGAAAAAGAGAUUUCUGUAAGCAUCACGGAGCUUGUGGAACCUCUAGGAGGUGAUACUUACAAGGCUGAUGGUAAAAAUGUGGAAAUAUGUAAAGUGUUACUCGGUGCUGAGAUAUCAGGUGUUUCUGCUGGUGAUGGAGGAAGAGAUGAACCUACUUUGCAGAAAAAGGAAGAAGGAGAGAGAAUUGUUCAGGAAAGUGAUUGCUCCAUUGUUGAACCAAGCUAUGAUGAGCUACACAUUGGUAAUGAAAUAAACAUGACAGAACGAAACCCUUUGAACCUCUUUGUUCCUGGGGGAGAAAAUGGUUCUGCUCCCAAGACCGCUGACAUAAAAUCCAAAGGAAUGCAGAUCAUUUUUCAAGAAGAUGCUCAGCGAGAGCAGGAGGAGCCGACUCAUCAAAAAGCAAAGGAAUCACCUGCAGAUCCCAUUGUGGGCCAGUACAUUAAAAAAAUCCAGGCUCUCUUACAAGAGCAGUGGCUGUGCCUAGAACAUGGGUACCCCGAGCUAGCCAGUGCAAUAAAGCAACCUGCCUCAAAGCUCAGUUCGAUCCAGAAUCAACUUGUUAAUUCUCUGAAUUUGCUGCUCUCUGCCUACUCAGCACAGACACCAACAGACCAGGAGAAUUCCAACACAGAGUAUCAACAGUUGGAAAUCUCUCCAAGUACAAGUUUGAAAUCUAUUAUGAAAAAGAAAGAAGCUGGUUUCCACGAAGGAAGUAACGGCACCAAAAAGAACCUUCAGUUUGUUGGGGUAAAUGGUGGUUAUGAAACCACGUCCAGUGAAGAUUCUAGCUGUGAAGAAAACUCCUCUGAAGCUGAUUCAGAUAAUGAGAUGGACAGAAAACAUGGGAACGAAGAGCAAAGUUGGGGGGAAGACAUCAAAGAAGAUGAACAAUCAACCUCUGCAACUCAAAGUGCAAAGAAGGACCGUGAUCCAGGAAAACUAGAGGAAACCACACAAUCAACAAUGCAAGAUAAAGCUGAGAGAUUUAGACCCUCGGGAGAUUUUCUCAAAGGGUGCCAGAUCUUAAGCAAAAACUUGUCAGAAAUAAGGACCACAAAGGACAAAUACCUGAGGCAUGUGUUGAACACUGUCUGUCAGGAGUGGUUCCGGAUCUCAAGCAGGAAAUCUUCGUCCUCUGGAAUUGUUGCAGUUUACCUCCAGGAGAUUGAGGCAGUUCAUCCCCACCUACAGAGUGUCAUUGUCAAUUUAGCCGAUGGAAAUGGCAACACAGCCCUUCAUUACAGUGUUUCGCAUUCUAACUUUUGGAUUGUGAAGCUUCUUUUAGAGACAGGUGUUUGUGAUGUGGAUCAUCAAAAUAAAGCUGGGUAUACAGCAGUAAUGAUCACUCCACUAGCAUCAGCAGAGACCGAGGAAGAAAUGGAAGUAGUCAAAAAGCUCUUGCAAGAAGGCAAUGUCAAUAUAAGGGCUAGCCAGGGUGGACAGACUGCCUUAAUUUUGGGAGUGAGCCAUGAUAGAGAAGAUAUGGUGAAAGCAUUGCUGUCAUGCAAUGCCGAUAUAAAUCUUCAGGAUGAGGAUGGCCUAUCACCAUUAAUGGUGGCUUCUCAACAUGGCAAUUUGGAGAUGGUGAAACUUCUUUUAUCUCAUUCAGGCUGUGAUCCUGCAUUAGUGGACAAGGCUGGCAAUUCUGCUUUGUCCCUGGCUUUGAAAUCUGCCCACAUGGAAAUUGUAGAGUUCCUACGGACCCACAUACAUCAUACUCAAUUUCUGAAUACAUAAAAGGAAAUGGGAAAAAAUUGUAUCUGAUUGAAUGAGAAAUUUAUAACAAAAGACUUAUUGUAUUAGCCAACUCUGUAACCACUUUAUAUGCCAAUGAUUUAGCUGAUAACCACUGAUGUAUCUAUUUACAGGAAAAAAGGAAUUAUGCCAUUAUUUGCAUACAUUCCUCAUAAAUGAAUCGCUCUCCUGAGCUGUUUUAGUCCUGACCUAUAACCAGUGGUGGGAUUCAGCCAGUUCGCACCACUUCGGGAGAACCGGUUGUUAACUUUCUGAGCAGUUUGGUGAACUGGUUGUUGGAAGAAAUCAUUAGGGCAGAGAACCGGUUGUUAAAUUAUUUGAAUCCCACCACUGCCUAUAACCACUGCAACAAAUGAGAAUUAGAUUACUGCAUUGCCUUUGUAUUAACAACUAUUCUUUUCUUCCACAAAUUAUUGCCUUCUUAAGGGGGAGAUUUCAGCCUAUUUUUAUUUUUCAAAAUACCUGUGAAAAACAUUAAGAAACUACCUUUGAAAAGCAUUAAGAAUUUAUUUGUUGACAUACGUCUUCCGUUGCCUAGAAUGAUGGCAACCCAUUUAUAAGGAUGAAGUGCUUCCAAAAAUUUUAUGAACACACCAAAGCUAUUCAGUGGAAAUAUUGGUAAAUACCGUAUAUUUGGAUAAUGUGAUCCUAGAUCAGUUUAUAUGAAUUAUCAGGGUACUAUGACCUAGUAAAGCAGAUAAGUUAUGUGCCACCUCUAGUUAUAGAACUAGCGGUGGCACAGUAGUUAGAAUGCAGUACUGCAGGCUACUUCUGUUGACUGCUGACUGCCUGCAAUUUGGCAGAUCGAAUCUCACCAGGCUCAAGGUUGACUCAGCCUUCAAUCCUUCCGAGGUUGGUAAAAUGAAGACCCAGAUUGUUGGGGCAAUAUGCUGACUCUGUAAACCGCUUAGAGAGGGUUGUAAAAGCACUGUGAAACAGUAUAUAAGUUAAAGUGCUAUUGCUAUUGCUAUAGUUUCCCUGCAAGGUCACUCCUCUUGAUUCUCUUAUUGGCUUUGGCUUGAUGCUACCAGAGUUUACUUAAUUCCAGAAACCAAUUCAUUGUUGUAGAAGGGAAUCGGUUAAGUCCAGAUCUUGUUCUCGCUAGAAAAGGGACAGCUUAAGGAUAUAGUUUGAGACUGAUCCCAAUGCUAUCUAGAGCAGGGGUCUCCAACCUUGACAACUUUAUGGACUUCAACUCACAGAAUUCCUUAGCCAGCAUGCAUAGGCUGAGGAAUUCUGGGAGUUGAAGUCCACAAGUCGUAAAGUUGCCAAGGGUGGAGAUCCCUGGUCUAGAGGAUCCUUGUUAGUAUAAAUGGCAUUGACACUCUUAGGCCUGAGAAUCACUAGAUCAGGGUUACCCAAAUCCUGGCCCAUGGCCCAUUUAAAACCGGGCUGUGCAAGUGGCGGGUGAGAGCAUGUGCGCGUGAGACUCCAUUUGUAUAAGCAGCGCAUGUGUGUUCACUUGUCGCUUGCGUGGAACCAUUGCCUUUCCCGCCUCCCUCACUGCUGCCACCACCAUUGCUGAUCCACAAAGCCAGAAAAGUUUGGGACUGCUGACCUAGAUGUCAUGAGACACUAUCGUUCUAUAGUGUCCCCAUUUUGUAUAAAUGUCUCACAAGAAAUCUAUUGUGAGUACUCUGGAUCUAGCAGUGAGAUUUAGCCCUUCCUUCUCUUCCAUAUUCCGUAUUUCUGCCUUUACAGAAGAUAAUGUGAAAUUUAAUCUGUUCUUUGCCAGCCUUACCAGAAAUCAUUAGCUAUCAUGCUAUGCUUUUCUGCCCGUGCUAAUAGCUAAUGAUUUCUGAUAAAGGUGGUAAAAAAAAGAUCAAAUUUCACAUUAUCCACUGCACAGCUAGGCAUAACCAGCCAGAUAAAUAAGAAGACAUGGAAUUAAAAUGUAAACCCUCAUAGUGAGUUCCUACAGACCCAGAAAAAUCAAUUUAUUGAAUUAGCUGAGAAUAGUGACUCUGCUUUUAAAAUGAAUGUCUAGUAUUUUGCUCCUAUGGCAGAUGAUGUUUCCAAUUUAGCUAUAAGCACAGUAGUAAAGCAAUAUUUAUAAAAUAGAUAGUGCAUGCUAUUUUUAACCAGCUGUUUCAAAACAAAAUUCAGUCAAUUUGUAAGUUGUGCUAUUUAUUAGUAUUGAUUUUGGUAGGUACCAAUGAUCAGUGCUUUCUUAGCACGCAGUAAAUAUAGAUUAAGAUAUCCUUUACAUACUAAUCCAAUUGACUUGACAUAUAUGGCUGUAAGAACAAGUAUUUAAAGUUCAGUAUAUCAGACAAGGCUUGGAAAAAAGUAGAUUCAAAUCAGUGGUGAAAUCCAAUUAUUUUUAUUACCGGUUCUUUGGGUGUGGCUUGGUGGGUGUGGCAGGGGAAGGAUACUGCACAAUCUCCAUUUCCACCCCACUCCAGGAAAAGGAUACUGCAAAAUUUCCAUUCCCAACCCACUCCAGGGGAAGGAUACUGCAAAAUCCCCAUUCCCUCCCCACUCCCGGGGGGAGGAUAUUGCAAAAUCUCCAUUCCCACCCCACUCUGGGGCCAGGCAGAAGUGGUAUUUGCUGGUUCUCCGAAUUACUCAAAAUUUCUGCUACCGAUUCUCCAAACUACUCAAAAUUUCCAUUACUGGUUCUCCAGUAACCUGUCACAAUCUGCUGGAUUUCACCCCUGAUUCAAAUCUACUAUUAACCACGCAGGGGUGUCAAACUGGCGGGCCAUGGGCUGGAUGCAUCACGCACAGGCCACGCCCAUCCCAGUUCCGCAAAGGGAAAAAAGGUUGCGAUGCGUGAUGCCACAAGUUUGACACCCAUGCUCUAGUGGAUCACCAGGUCAAUGAUUCCAAAUGAUUGAACCAAAAUGAAAAUAAAUGCUUUUUCUAAAUUAGGGAAUUAAUAUUAAAAAAACAAAUAGAAAGGAAUAGGAGUGAAAUUGUGUACAAACUCUAGUUUUAAAAAGAAACACAUGGGCUCAUUUAAAUCUAAUUGAGCUUAGUUUAUAACUAAAAUAUAAGUCCGUAUGAAUAGCAAUAGCCUGCCUAUUUUUUAUUUAGAAAAAAUACAUGAAUGUAUCCAGUCCAAAUGCACACAUUAUUUCUUAUAUAUUAAAAAGCACAAAUACGUUGUUCUCUGUCCUUUUGGAAUUAUUAUAUGCACAGCACUUUUAUCUCAUGUAAUUUGUAUUUGAUCAAAAAUCUUAAAAUGAACUAUAUUUUUCUCUGGAGGCUUGAGGACAGCUUUGAUACAAGAACUGCUUUUUCUUCUUGGGUUUUCUUUUUUGGUAAGUGAAGCACAAAGAGCAAAUUAAUUUAAACUUUCUUGUGAGGAUGAUUAUUUUCAUAAUUGUGUUUUGCAGAGUCUGUCUCAUUAGGGCUUCAUGUGAAAGGUGCUUUUGGGCAAAUAUCUGUUCCUUAGUUUCACUAAGCAAAACUCUUGGAAAUCCUGAAUUUUGGGAAAUGAAAUGUGAUGGGCCACAAGUUUGCUCAGGGGUAUCAAACUUGUGGCCCAUGGGCUGGCCAUGCUCACAGUUUAGCAAAGGGGAAAAAUGUCAUGAUACGUCACGUGACAACAACAUGAAACCCCUGUUUUAGCUGAUUCCACUUACUGAGUAUCCCUCCCACAGGGUAGCUAGCAUGUACAGGUAGUCCUCGACUUACAGCCAUUUGUUUAGUGACUCUUCAAAGUUACAACGGCAUUGAAAAAACCUGACUUAUGACCGGUUUCAUGCUUAUGACCAUUGCAACAUCUCCAUGGUCACGCUUGGAUGCUUAGCACGUGCCUCAUAUUUAUGACGGUUGCAGUGUUCCGGAAUCAGACGAUGUACCGUUUGCAAUUUUCUGACGAGAAAAGUCAAUGGGGAAGCGAGAUUUACUUUAUAACCGCGUUACUAACUUAACAACCGCAGUGAUUCACUUAAUAACUGUGGCAAAAAGGAUCAUAAAAUGGGGCAACACUCCCUUAGUUUAACAAAUUUUGGACUCAAUCGUGGUUGUAAGUCAAGGAUUACUUGAAACCAUUGCAGUGCAUAUGCGACAGGCUUUCCUUGAUUUUCCAUAGUUCACACAAUAACUUUCAAACAUACAUUCCACAGUCUUAAAAAUAUGCAGGCAGCUCCUCAACCCCCCCUCCCUGCCCCGUGGAUCACUUAAAGUUCAGGGUGAUGAAAAAUAAUAUGCAAUAUGUAUACUCUUAGUGAUUCCGUCUUGGCUUUGGGCUGCAAGUGUAACAUUUGAAAUGGCUUAAUUUGCUAUGCAUGUAUGUGAUAUCGUUUUUGCUUAAUUUGGGGGGGAGGUGGGAUAGGUUUGCUGUAAUCUAUUGUUUUCAGGCAAAUAAAUUGAACUGAAAAGCAAUCAUUUACUGGCAAAUAAGUUUUGAAAAUCUGCGUUUUAGAAACAUGUAAUAUAAUAAUAACAGAGUUGGAAGGGACCUUGGAGGUCUUCUAGUCCAACCCCCUGCCAGGCAGGAAACCCUACACCAUUUCAGACAAAUGGUUAUCCAAUAUUUUCUUAAAAAUUUCCAAUGUUGGGGGGAAACAUGGAUGCUACUUCUCGAAGAAAUAAAUCACAUGCUUUUCCAGGAACGUGCAAGACUUCAUGGCUGCAACACUGUAAGAAGCAUCAGGAUUCCUUUUAAAAGGAAAACCGCAUGAAUUAUGGCUGUGCAACACCUUAGCAAUAAUUUGGAAAAGAUAACUCAAUGUGCACGAGAAUGUUUAACUUUGUCUUUUGCUAUUUAAAGCAGCUGCAUCUUUUCCUAAGUUACCCUCUGCCUGAGUUUCUUUCCGUAAGACAGUGCUUUUUCUUCUUCCAGAUUUCUUACUCAUUUGAAUCUUUAGAACAGAACCACAUUUUAUUUGGAUUUGGGAACUGUGGUCUCUUAUAAUUACAGUAAGGAGGACUACUUAAGACCAAGGUACAUAAUCCCAGAGAUUGAUAUUGAUCAACCCAGGGUUCUCUGAAUUUGAACAUAACAAGGAUCAAUGGUUAAUGCAGCAACAAUGCUGAACCUAAUGAGAAAAGAAGUCUCAAAACUCUUCUCCGAGGAAUUACACUUCUAACUCGGCCACCUAUCUUGAUACAGUGGCUUGGUAGUGUAGGAAGUUAGCACCCACCCCUCUCCUACAAAAAUGAAAUAUUCGAGGAAAUAUUAAAAAGGCAGAAUAUUUUAUUUCCCUCGAUGAGAAAUGAAGAAAUAUGUUUUUUUAGGCAGAAAGCAGAUUCACUCUUAAUAGCACCCACCCUCCUCAAUAGCCCACAGCAGAUAUCCACACUUAAGAGAUAAAGGGCUAGCUAGGUCUAUUCAAAGGCAAAUAUCCUCACCCAAGGUUAGGAUUAGCCCUCUACCCAUCUCACCACAUGGCACCUGGGAAGAUUACAUCACCCAGCAAGGCUCAACUGAACUUGGUCUCAAAACACAGCCUACAGAGUUGUCCCUGCAUGGCCCCAUGGGAGUCUGACAACCAAUCAGAAUGCAAGCUCAAAUUCAAAGCCCAACAAAGGGCAUAAAGCCAAGACACUCUCAGCAUCUCUGCCCUUUUCUGCUCAGGAAUUCAAGCCAUGUGAUCCUGUCUAUCAUUAAACCAUCUUUCCAAAUGGUC